UGUCAACAGUGUCAACGCCAAACGGUAAAACGUCACCUGUCAAAAUAAAUAUUUCUGUUUCCUUUCGUCUAGUCGCCAUUCGAGUGUAUAUUUUCCACUCAAUAAAACACCGAAUACAGCAAAACUUAUCGGAUUUCGACCCCUUAAAGAGAUUAUUGUCGGAUCACCAUGAACACAGACCCGAGACGGCCGGAUAAAAUUCAAAGAUAUGUUACUUCUAAAAACCAGUCCAAUGGGGAUGAUCUUACCCCCGACUAUAUGAACAUUAUGGGUCAACCCGCGACGACCACGGCAAAUGCGGCCGGCGAGUCUGUAACAGCGUCCCUAGAGGCGGCCGCCGACCCUACAAAACCCCCAAAUAGUAGUACCGAAGAACACAACGAGCACAACGUGCCAAAUACGGCCGCCAAUGUGAUCCCAACAAGUCCCCAAUACGGCGUAGCCAUUAUCCCAAACGAAAACAAUAACGUCGUCGCGAUGAACGAUCUGACUAGCGAGCAACAACCGUCGGUAACGACCGGCCCGACGGUCGUCGACUCCUUAACCGACUCGUUACCGGUUAAAACCGGCGGGGGCGAAGACUCGAAAGACAUCCACACCACCCCCAGCCGAAACGAACGUUUCAAAGUGGUGAAAAUCGCCAGUUUGGAACCGUUCAAACGGGGCAGGUGGAAAUGUAUGGAUUACGUGGACGAGGCGCCGCCCCCCAACGUUGUAAACGUCGCCGCCAACAAAGUCCCUAAUCAGGUGACGAGUAGUGUAGCCCCCAUAACGGCCGGGGUGUAUUUACAAACGCAGAGUUUGCCCCAGCAACAGAUUCAGCAGAUGUUGCUGCAGGGCGGCCAGUUUUUUCCCAACGUGCCCGCCCAACUGAUACCGCAGGGUCAGUACUUUUAUCCGCAAGUGCAGCCGCCCCAUCAGCAAAUCCCCACUCAGUUCAUCAAUAAUCAGCCGUAUUUUUCUACGGGGGUAGUUGCUGCGAACCAAGGGUUCACCAUACCCCAGAGCUACCCGAAUAUACAGUACGUACCGAUACCUGCUCAGGGCAGCGCCUUCGUACCCACCUCCCAAGCCGUUCACAACUUUCAGCAGAGCCAGAGUUACUCCGGGUCGCAAACCAACAUCAGUCAAAUGGUAAACGGUCACGCGUACCCCGAGCAACCCAAUCAACCGUCGAAAACCAUCAUAGUCACCUCGCAACCCCAACAGAACCACGUGGUACCGACCCAACCGGCUCAAUCAGCCCCAGUAAUCCCCACUCAGCAAUACCAACAACAGAACCAAAACGGCAAUUACCAACAGCCUCAGCAGCAGCAGCAGCAACAACAACAGUUUCAGCCCCACCAAACUGUUGCGCCCGUGGCAACAACAGUUUUGGCACCUCAGCAACAACAACAACAACAGCCCCAGCAACAACAGCAAAAUUUCGAUGCGAGUAACGUUUAUACGAAUCCCCAAUUUACGAUGAGCGUGAAUAGUUUGACGGUGUUGGAAGGGAGUGAGAAUGUCGGAGGCGGUGGUGGUGGUGGUGGAGGCGGUAACGGUGGUGGCGGUACCGCGGUUGACUUGAAGGAUGCCGGCAGUGCGACUGAAAUGAGCGUCGGCGAGAGUCAGGAGGAUUCGUCGAAGAGUAAUCCGGUGGUGAACGCGAUCGAUAAUAAGAUCGAACAGGCGAUGGAUUUGGUUAAGAGUCACCUCAUGUAUACCGUGAGAGAGGAGGUGGAAGUCCUAAAAGAAAAAAUCGCCGAACUAAUGGAACGCAUCCAGCAACUGGAAACGGAAAACAACUACCUGCGCUCCCAAAUUCCAAAGAGUCAAUCGACCGUGCCGCCCCCCACGGUCACCAGCAGCAACAACAAUAACAACCAACAGCAACAACAACCGCAACCACCUUUACAACAACAACAGACGACGUACAACCAACAAAACAUCGCGGUGGUGCCGCCCCAAAAUUCCAACAACGCAAUAGUAGGAGGCGCGGGGGCGGUGAGUAACCCCCCGGCCCAACCGCCCCCCAGUCAAAACCAAACGCAAACCAUUCCUAAUUUACACCAAAACGAGGCGCAGCAGGUAGCGACGGCAACGUUGCAGUAAUUUAAAUGUCAAUUGGUCGGUUUGAAUGGUGUUUAGUAUGUGCGGCCUGAUGAUGCGAAUGAAAUGGUGCGCCUGGGUCGCCCUCUACUGUUCCUGCAUCAGUUUCGCCAACACCCAAGUUAGCGACGACACCAA